AUUAUUACAUAUUAUAACACAUAUAAACAUAACUAUACUAUUUAUAAAGUACAGUUUUAUUAUAUAGAAAAAAUUUGUAAGCUGUGGUAUUGUUGUAACAAACUUUGUUCCAGCAGAAAGUGUAAUAUGUAAUUAGUUCUCUAAAUUUUGGAUCUUUUUGGAUAAGUCAUAUGCAAUCAGAAUUAAAGAUAAAAACAAUGUAUUAUAACAUUUAAUAUAGCAAUAAACUUUAUUAAAAAGUAUAGAUCAAUAUGUAAAAACAUUUCAAAAUGCAUAUUACCUGUAGUUUUUAUACGGCUCUUUUGGAGUUAUACAUGUAUAAUAAAACCAUUUAAUUUUUUUUGUGAUGUUAAAUCAUGAAUGUUUUCAAUGUUUCUUGUAACAUUUCAUGUUAACAAUUUGAUUGAUGCAUAAAAUGUCCCUAUUUCACACACAUACAAAAUUGCAAUUUAUUAUAUUGAUAUUAUAAUGAAAUUUUUGCCCCACUUAUAUAUUUUGUUUUAAAUUUAAAUGAUCUAAAUAAAUUAAAGGAAACUUUAUUAUAAGCGGUUCUUCUACAUCACGAUACUUUCAACGUUUUUUCAUGUAGUUCAUAGUGUUAAUACAAUUAUAAUCAUCUCCUUUAACACCUAUAGCGUUUUAUCCAUCCGUUUCAUCGUCAAUACCAGUGCACAUUCUAAUAAAGUAUUUGUUCGAGACUAGAACAAUUUCAUUAGAAUUUUAGCAUUUUUUUUGCUCUGUUUUAUCCGCGAGUAGUGAGAGCUGCUGACAGCCAUCGCGCUCCUUGUAGUUCAUUCCUUCGAUACACCUAGUCGCACGGCGCUGUCACUAGCUCAUCACGCGCGCGUCUUUCGUUUUCUCGCACCGUGGUAACUAUGCAAACAAACAUGUCCAAAAAAGGGCACGUCAAAAUCAGUGCCCAAAUAAGUCUCGAAAUCAGUUCCCUUGCCGCCCCUUUUUUCGCCUCCGCGAUCGUAAUUGUCUUAAGACGAAAAAUUAGUCAGUCUCUCGCAGCCCGGCACCGACAUUAGAUCGUCCCGCAGAUCUCUCGCGUCAUCCGCCGAUCCUGCGGGGAUUCACUUCUGUUCCCUCCCUAAUUCGGCAACUUAUGUCAAUUAAUUCUUAAGUUCGAGUAUUUGUGUGAAUGUGUGAGUGCAUCACGUCAAUGCACGGGUGGUCGUAUCUUUCCCGCGAACGUCCUCUGCCUCGUGCACAAGAUCUCCGUCGGAUCGCGCGCAAGAUUUCCGGAUUCGCGAGGGCUUCGAUCUAGAGGCUCUUCAAGAUUUCCGCGUCGAUUACAGGCAGCGUAAUAUCGGGACGUUUCAAGAUCUCCGUAAAAUUGUAAAAGAUACGGUUCGCCCCUCGCUCCAAACGUUCGUUUUUAAAUAAAUAAUUAAAGUGUGAGUGACACCAUCGCUUCCUUUUUCUUCCUAACAUCCCCCGUGAACCUACCGCAUUCCUCACCACUCGCUUCGCGUCUCUAUCGGGACGGAUCCCGGCAUUCUCUCCGUGCGAUCGCGUUUACUCUACGCACGCACAAACAGUAUUUAUUAAAGAUUAUUCAAUUUAAGUUAUUCAGAGUAUCUACAAACAGCAAUAGUUUAUAUUUAAUGCGAGUUAUUUAGAUUCAAAGUCAUCACAACAUUUUUGCAAGUAAAUGUAAUAAAUAUUAAUCUAUAUUAUUGUGAUAACUCUGCAUUGACUUUCUGAAGUGUUCCGAUGAUACUAGUUUUUAGUGAUUUGAAAGCUAGAGAUACUAAUGUUUUGGAAAGCUCUCGAGAUAAGCUACAAGAAUAUGUAAUGAGAAAAAGUACGUUCCAUUUAAGAAAUUGAAAGUGACCUUCAACAAACUCUUCAAGGUCAAACCAAUGGUACCAUCUUAUGUCCCCCUUGAAACCAUAUAACUUUUGUCUGAAAUAUUUUUGUAUACGGGGCUUAGUUUUUGAGAUAUUUUGCUGUCCAAGUUAAAAUGGGGCAUCCUGUAUAUAUAUAUGUAUAUAUUUAUUUAUUUAUGAUCAUAUUAUGCCCAUUUUUUCUCCGGAGUCUUAACUUAAUAAGACUAUUUUUGUUUCUGGCCCGUCAUAUUAAUUUCGUCAUUUCAGAUUUUCGAAAUUUAAACUUUGAUCUCAAAUUCAGCGAUUCCAAAAAAUUGUUGGAUACAAAAUUUAAAAAAUCGAUCAGACACCAAACUUUAUGACAAAAAGGAUUAAUUUAGAAAUGCACGAAAGUUAAUUUAGAAACGAAAUUUUAAUAUAUUUCUUAAUUCGAAUUUUUUAUUUUAAUUAAAUUAAUUCCAUGAUGUACAGUAAAAUAUAACAAAAAGCAUUCUGUAUAUUGCUUAUGUUAUCAAUAAACAUUUUUUACUUUAGUCUUUUUUCAGAAUUUCGGUUGUAACACCUUUGGUUGUAAAGUUUUUGUUAUACCAUCCCAGUAAGGGAAAGUUCUAACCCAGGGCCAAAGAAGGUAUAUUUGUGGGUUAUUCUUCUAAAUCGAAGGCUUACCGCAUUUGGAUUCUGUCGAAAAGAAAAUUCACAUCAGUAGAGACGUGAGAUUUCGGAACGAGAUCCUUACUGUUAGCAACGAUGGUAUCACUUGCCAUGAAAAUGUUAACAACAUGGAUGUCAAAUUACAUAAAUACAACGCAAAUUUGAAUUCGGACACGGUUAUCAUUGGAAACGAUUCCAAACGCGAGAGUGGCGAGAGCGAAGGUAUCGACAGCAAUAGCGAUGACGAAGGCAACGAUGACAACGUCGACAAUGGCGUCAAUAGCAACGUCAAUGAAGAUGCCGACAAUGCACUUCAAAUGCCGGAGACGAAAAGAGGGCCGAAACUAAUACGCACGGGUCGCCCAGAACGUCCGAGGAAGCAAUACGCGACGGUCAUUAGCAACGCUACCCAAGAACGACCUAAUACUGAGUGUAACGCCGUUCCGUACAAAGUUAUUGAAAUCGACAACAAUGACGAAUGGUUCGACGCUUGUUCAAACAUGUGCACUUCAGAAGUUUCCUUCACUCAAGCCAUAUCUGGUAAGAAUAAGAAGGAAUUUUAGACUUAAAGCUUUCACGACUUGAUGUUGCUUUCAAUAGAAAGCAAUAAAGAGGAAUUGUUAGACGCAAUCUACGAAGAAACGAAAUCUCUUGUAGCACAUAACACAUGGGACAUAAUGGACAAACCCGCAGGAGCUAAUGUUAUCGAAUCAAGAAUCGUCCUAUGCGACAAAUAUGCAGCAGAUAAAAAGCUCAAAUGUCGAAAGGCCAGAUGGGUCGCUAGGGAAUUCUUGCAAUGCCCCGGAGUGGACUACCACGACUUUCGUCCCAGUGGCGCGGCUCGGAUCGUUCAGACUUCUGAUUGCCUUAUCAGCUAAACUUGGUCUAACCAUCAUCCAAUUAGAUGUUAUCACGGCAUACCUAAAUAGUGAGAUUGACACAUAAAAUCUAUAUGUCAAAACCUCUACUUCUCAACAAAAUGCUCCAAAGGAUGGCGAUCAAAGAACGUGAUACAGAACUCGCUAGAAAGGUCGAGAAGGUGUUGUCCAAAGUGGAGGGAGAGCCUGCCGUUUGAAUCGCACUAUAUACAGCCUGAAACAGGCAGGACGUCAGUGGUAUUUAUAAAACAAGAUGUUUUAUAAAUUACAUGUAAUUUUUUAAAACUACAUGUUUAUAAAAAUCACGUUUUGCACGAAAAUUCGUGAAGUUUUAUGGUAUAGAAAAUGCAUGGGCGGAGGAGGGGCGGAGCCCCCUGCAUCUCCUCUCCGUAAUUUUUUCUAACUCUAACCCAACCAAUUUUAUGUCGCUAUUUGUAUAAUGCGAAACAUUAGAUACAAACACCGUGGAUUUGUUUGACGUGGAAAGUCGCAAACCCAUUCGGCACUUUUACCGUCAUAUUAACCCUUAAAGGGCACACUAUCUGCAUGAGACAUAAAGAGCACACUGAGUCAAAUUGACUCGAGCAACUUCAAUUGCUUCUCAGAAGGUUAUAAUCUUAUGUUUUGUGUACAAAAAAAAUUUGAUAUAUACUUUAAUUAUUUAAAAACAAAAUUCAAUCAUUGUAAAUAUCAA